ACAUUCAUUUCUGGACUUCUUCUCUACAAUCUACCCAACCAUAUUUUUAAUUUCUCUUCAACUGAACUCGUUCGUUCUUUUCGAAAGAGAAUUUUUCGGCAGGGUUCCGUACGAGAAAAUUUCUUCCCAGAAACACAUACUUCUAUCUUCACAUUACAAAUUCAACCUGAUCUACUUUCAUCUCAAUUUAACAUAAACAUGGCCGAUCAAUUAAACAUGGGCGGCUUAAGCCUGGGUGACCAGCAGCAGGCUUCUCAACCUCGAUCCUACAUUCCGCCUCAUAUGAGAGGCAAGGUCGGUGGUGGUGGAAGCAACGGUCCCCCCCCUCCCAUGGCCGUAGGUGGUCCUCCGCCUUCCAUGAAUGGCCUCAACAGUAGCGCUUGGGCUGGUAACAACAACUUCGACGCUCGUCCCGCCCCUGGAGGAUGGGGUCCCCCUCCUGGUCCUGCUCCCGGUCCUGGCCCUGAUUUCCCCCCUCCUCAGCAACAGCGCCAAGGUCCCGGCGGCGGCGGUGGUGGUUGGAACAACAACAGACAGUUCGAUCGUAAUGCUUACGGCAACCCGAAUGCUGCCGGAGGUGGCGGUGGCGGCGGCGGUGGUGGUGGUGGUGGUGGCGGCGGCUACGCUCGUGGUUCCGGCGAUGGACAGUGGCGGGAUGGAAAGCAUGUUCCAGGUCCUGCUAACGCUCGCGUGGAGCGUGAGUUGUUCGGCACACCUGACGAUCCAUCCAAACAACAUACUGGUAUCAACUUCGAGAAGUACGAUGAUAUUCCGGUCGAAGCCUCUGGCCACGAUGUUCCCGAGCCCGUUCUUACUUUCAGCAACCCGCCUCUAGACGAUCACUUGAUCCGCAACAUUGAGCUGGCUCAUUACAAAGUCCCCACCCCUGUUCAAAAAUACUCUAUCCCCAUUGUCAUGGGCGGACGAGAUCUCAUGGCUUGUGCUCAGACUGGUUCCGGAAAGACUGGUGGUUUCCUUUUCCCUAUCCUUUCUCAGGCCUUCCUUACUGGUCCAUCGGCUGUCCCCGUCGGCGCUCCUGGCGGUGGUUAUGGCCGUCAGCGUAAGGCAUACCCCACUUCUCUCAUCCUUGCUCCAACUCGUGAGUUGGUCUCUCAAAUUUACGACGAGUCCCGCAAGUUUGCCUACCGAUCCUGGGUUCGCCCUUGUGUGGUGUACGGUGGUGCCGACAUUGGAUCUCAACUACGCCAGAUCGAGCGUGGCUGUGAUCUUCUCGUGGCUACUCCGGGACGUCUUGUCGAUCUCAUAGAGCGAGGUCGCAUUUCCCUCCAGAACAUCAAGUACCUUGUCCUAGACGAGGCUGACCGUAUGUUGGACAUGGGUUUCGAGCCUCAAAUCCGACGUAUUGUUGAAGGCGAAGAUAUGCCUGGUGUGCAGCUUCGUCAAACUCUCAUGUUCUCAGCCACUUUCCCUCGCGACAUUCAGAUGCUCGCUCGUGAUUUCCUCAAGGAUUAUGUCUUCCUUUCGGUUGGCCGUGUUGGAUCAACCUCUGAGAAUAUCACUCAGAAGGUCGAGUACGUCGAAGAUAACGACAAGCGUUCUGUUCUCUUAGACAUCUUGCACACUCAUGGUGCCGGUCUCACCUUGAUUUUCGUUGAGACGAAGCGCAUGGCAGAUUCUUUAUCUGAUUUCUUGAUCAACCAGAAUUUCCCCGCAACUUCAAUCCAUGGCGACCGUACGCAGCGCGAACGUGAACGUGCCUUGGAGAUGUUCCGAAAUGCGCGAUGCCCCAUUCUGGUCGCUACUGCUGUAGCUGCCCGUGGUUUAGAUAUUCCCAACGUUACUCACGUUGUCAACUACGAUCUUCCCACUGAUAUUGACGACUACGUUCACCGAAUUGGUCGUACUGGCCGUGCGGGUAACACGGGCCACUCGACCGCAUUUUUCAACCGAGGCAACCGUGGUGUUGUGCGAGAUCUCAUUGAGCUUUUGAAGGAAGCUAACCAGGAAGUACCAGCUUUCCUUGAGACGAUUGCUCGAGAGAGCUCUUUCGGUGGUGGUGGCCGUGGUGGACGAUCUGGCGGUGGCCGUGGACGCGGUCAAGGCGCGAACCGCGAUUUCCGAAAGUACGCUGGUGCUGGCGGUGGCGGCGGCGGCGGCCCUGGCUUCGGUGGCGGCUUCGGUGGACCUCAGCAGUCCGGCGGUUACGGAGGCGGCGGCGGUGGCGGCGGCUUCAAUGGCCCUCCUCCUCCCAACCCGGGCUAUGGUGGAGGUUUCGGAGGCGGUGGUCCAGGCUACGGUGGGGGUAGCUACGGUAACCCUGGAGGUCCAGGUGGUCAAGCCUCCUGGUGGUAAUCUCAUUAACAACAUCUGACAUGCCUAAAUGAUUUCCUCCCUUCCACAAGCCGCAAAUGAGGAUAGGGGG